AUGGCGGAAUUUCUUAGCAACCCCCAUGGAUUUAUUUUGGAUAAUAUCAUAGCAACUCUAAUAGCCUUAUUAAUUCGAUGGUGUAUCUCUUUAAACCCGUACUCAGGUAAAGGUAAACCACCGAUGUAUGGCGACUAUGAGGCUCAACGUCAUUGGAUGGAAUUAACGACCAAUUUGCCAGUGAAGCAAUGGUAUUUUGAGUCGCCGAAUAACAACUUAAGUUAUUGGGGUAUCGAUUAUCCACCACUGACAGCUUAUCAUAUGUGGAUUUGCGGGCAAAUCGCCAAAAGAAUUAAUCCUAUAUGGAUAGAAUUAAAUACAUCUCAUGGUUAUGAAAGCUCAAAUCAUCAGCUGUUUAUGCGCUACACAGUGGUCAUGGUGGAUUUAAUCCUGUAUAUCAUACCGGUAUUACUCUUUUGUAAUAUGGUCUUAGCCAAACGAUCAAGGAUACUGCGAUUCUCUCUAUCUUUGUUAAUGUUAUUACAACCAGCCUCCUUAUUAAUUGAUCACGGCCACUUUCAAUACAAUUGCUGCAGCUUGGGUUUGGCAUUAAUUGCAAUUUUAUUCAUAUUUAGAGGCCAUGACGUAUUUGGUGCAUGCGCCUUUUCACUAGCAUUAAACUACAAACAAAUGGAGUUGUAUCAUUCCCUUCCAUUUUUUUGUUAUCUCCUGGGAAAAAGUUUACAUUCGUCGAAACCGUUUUUCAAAAUUAUUACAUUAGGAGUAACUGUUAUCAUCACCUUUGGUGUUUGCUGGUUUCCAUUUUUAUUCGAUACAAAUCAAGCCACUCAGCUUGUUAAAAGAUUAUUUCCGUUCAAUAGAGGAUUAUAUGAAGAUAAGGUGUCUAAUGUUUGGUGUACCGUAAAUGUUCUAAUAAAACUUCGCCAGAUCUUCUCGCAGCAAACUCUUGUCGCCCUCAGCUUAUUAGCAACUGUUGCGGCUGUCUUACCCUCUUCAAUCCAUUUGAUUAUAUAUCCUUCUCGGCACAGGUUCAUACUCGCUUUGGUCAACUCAUCUUUGGCGUUCUUUCUUUUCUCUUACCAAGUCCAUGAGAAAUCUGUACUGCUAGCCUGCAUGCCGGCUAGCCUGUUACUGCCGUGGUAUCCUGCUGAAAGUGGACUAUUUCUCCUUUAUGCAACAUUUAGUAUGGUACCAUUGUUAAUAAAAGAUGGGCUGCUGUUACCAUAUAUUUCCAUAAUGAUGUUAUAUCUGUACUUAUUGUAUAUAACAUUCAGAUCUUAUUAUCAAGUCGGUACUAUUCAAAAGUACAUGUAUGGAAUCUCGAUUAUGGUUAUGUCUUGUCUGCAUGGCUACGCAGCUAUAGCGAUUCCCCCUAGACGAUAUCCAGAUCUGGUUGCAGUCUUGAUCUCUGCUAUAUCAUGUUGCUUUUUUACGUUAUUCUUUUUGUACUGUAAUUAUUUACAAUUUACAGCUAGUGACGAUUUAAUAAAGGCAUCGGUGACUUCGAAAUCGAAAUCCGAUUGA